AUGUCAUACUAUGACAUUGACUCCAUCCUCACUGAUGCGCAGAAACUCCCCUGCACAUUCGAGUUAGAAGUUCCAGGACUAGGAAUCCUCGAAGGGAAUCCGGGUGACGACAUCAAAGCGGGGACCCGCAUCGACCUACCAUUAUGGCUAGGUGAAAUGCUUUCAAUCGGUGCGCGAUUAGGUACGUCUCGCCUAGUCACACUCGACAUACCAGAUGCGCUCGCAGAGCGAGUGAUGAAUGCGCUCAAGGCCGAUCCACGAACGGUUGAUCUGCGCGCCUUGGCACCACACUUCUACACACUCAGUGAGCGGAUACUUGAGAUUUUUGAAGAAGAAGAGAUGGUCGACGUCUUGAUCAACACUUUUAAGAAACGGGCGGCAGAGAUCUCCGACCAUGCACACAAUCCACGAGGUGCAGUUGGCGAAGGUGUGGAAUUUCUACGUGGGCUGGAUGAGACUGAAAGGCAAUUGUUCCGUGCGGCCCAUGAUCGGGCAAAACAGGUGCGGAUCUGGGCCGGAGAGGCGAAAAAGAAAUGA